UUUUCAGACUGUAUCAUAUUAGCCUAAUUAGCAUAGCAGCAUCUCAACUACAGGAUAAUGGGACAUUCCCUCUGUCGUAAAAAACCAAAGCAUGAUGAUGGCGUGAAUCUUAAACAAUUUAGGGUGAUCAGUGACAGCACAGAUGAACGCGCGAAGCAUGUUACUAUCUAUGACAGAUGGAAUCUGGAGGGAACAAGAGAAUUCAUUGGUAAACUUAAACCUUAUCUAAAGGAAGAUAAUAUAAUUCUUACUACUGAGAACACAUAUCAGCAGACUUUCGUGGCAAAGAAACAGCCGCCGCUACUCGUAUUAUGUUGGCAUUAUUCCAGGAUUGAAACAGAUAUAAGAUACUCUCUGGAAUAUAUUGACAGUACUAAAUAUAAACGUCUUAUAGUAAUUCUGCUGCACUGGAAGAAGGACGAUAUAGAAAGACAUGCAGCAUCUCAGGCGGCGGAUUCAUCAUUAAUGUUCAUCGAUGCCUUCGUUCAAAAAGACAAAGAUAACAUAAAGGUUGCUGCCAAAGAAAUUAAGAAAGGUAUUCGUGAUAGAACAAUAUAACAUUUUACAGGUUGGCAAACAAUCAUGUGAUCUAUAAAUAUUAUGGGUACCAUUAUACCUAACAGCAACAAAGAUUUUACUAUCAUUUUCGAUCAAAAUAAUUAUAUUGAUAUCGGAUUUGUUCGCCACAAACUGCCUCUAGUAGGACGGAUUUAAUAUACAACAAUUGGCGUUAGUGUACGAAUCUCUUAAGUGUUACACGGACAAUUCUGUUUUCUUAUUUGAACUAGUCUGACGUUUAUAUGUACCUACAAGAGAUGGUAAUUGACAAGGUUGAAGAUGUAGCUAAUGUGACUAUUACAGUGAGUCGACGUAAAAGAAAAAAGCGUAUUGUUCUUUGGCUGCAAGAAAUUAAUAAAUCAUGUAUAAAUAAUAAGAAUGUUUCUAGCUAUAGAUCUCAUAAAAUAAUCACCCUAGCAGAUCCAGUGCUGCGAGACCUUUAUUUAUCAAAGUAAUUUUUUUAUUUUCUUACCAAUCUUAUGUUUAUACAUAAAAAGUAUA